AUGGCAUCAUGUUUUAAAAUGGAAAACAAGUAAAUCAUUAUUUUGAAGGAGAAGCUCUUGCAAUCACAUAAUGUAGAUUAUAUGCUUUAAAAAAAUCAAGUAAUAAUAUUAUGAAUAUAAGGAUAUUCAAUAUUUGACUUUGUUUGGUGAAUAGGAUGUCAAAUUGAAUUUGCAUAAUAAUGAAUAUAUGCUUAAGUCUGCAGUUCUAUAAUUUGAUUCUCCAAAAUAUACUUAAACAAGUGUUAUCAAAGAUAUUAAAACUAUAAAAGAAUUAAUAAAAGGUGAAGAUUAUUCUUAAUUAAGAUAAAAAUUGAAUGAAAUUUUUGGUAAGAAAACUAGUGAUCCAUAAUAAUAAAUUACUAUCUAAUAGAUUUAAAAUUAAUAAUAAUAAUAAAAUAGUGUUAGAUAAAGAACUACAAGUAAUCAAGAUGAUACCAGUUAAUAAAAAAAGUAGAUAUUUCGUCGUAUUUAUGUUGCAAGAGAAAUAAAUAAAACUUAAAAAGAGCAACCAUCACUAGGAGAAAUCAAAAAAAUCAAUUACACACCGUUACGAAAUAGAUAGUCCCAUGUUAAAAUGAACAGUUCUAAUAUCAGACAGAGAAAUAUUGAUUAGAUAUAAUAAUAUUAGCAAUCUGAUGUCUAAUAAUAAUGUUUACCAAUUAUUAAAAGUUUUGUUAAUGUAGAAGAAUACUAAUAAUAAUUAGAGUAAAAGAAGAAAAAGAAAGAUCAAUGCUAGAAGAAACUGAUUUAAAAUAAGUUUAUUGAAUUUGAUAAAAUAUUGAAUUAAUUAAUAAAAUGA